UCAGGGAGCCGGCUGCUCCCGGGCCGCCGUCGCUCCGGAUCCUGCUCUGGCUGCGGCUGCGGCUGCGGCUGCCGUGGCUGCUGUGCCCCGAGCCCGCCCGGCGCCGAGGGCCGGGGCGCCGCGAUGGAACCGCUGGCGCCCAUGCGGCUGUACACACUCUCCAAGCGCCACUUCGUCCUCGUGUUCGUGGUCUUCUUCGUCUGUUUCGGCCUGACUGUCUUCGUCGGGAUCAGAGGGGUGUCCAGGGAAGGGCUGUGGCUGCAGCUGUCCACUGGGGGCGGUGUCCGCACAUCGGGCAGAAGCCAGGUCCAGUCUUCUCUUCCUCUGCAGCUCAUGGCGGGAGCUCCCGGAGGGACCAGAGGCAGCAACUUCCCUCUCACCUCAGAAGGGAUCUCUGCACGUGGCGCUCACCACUGGACCCUUAGAAAUUUCACUGAGGCAGAAGGACCCAAAGUGAUCCAGACUUCUGCAGCUAAUUUUUCACUAAAUAGCAGCAAAAAGCUAAGGCCAAUUCAAAUACCUUCCAACCCACUGUCAACAUAUAAUCAGCAACUAUGGCUGACGUGUGUCGUCGAGUUGAAUCAAUCUAAAGAAAUGUCUGUUCGGACAAGCUUCCCCAUGACUGUUAAGGUCGAUGGUGUAGCUCAGGACGGGACCACCAUGUUCAUUCAUAGCAAAGUUCACAAUCGGACGAGGACCCUCAUGUGUGCAGGGAAAUGUGCAGAAAUUAUUGUGGCUCACCUCGGCUACCUGAAUUACACUCAAUACACAGUGACUGUGGGAUUCGAACACCCACAGCUACACAUCAAGGAAAUGAACUUCACCUGGAAGACUUAUGACCCUGCCUUUUCCCACUUGGAAAUUUGGUUCCGAUUUGUCUUUGUGGUGCUUACCUUCAUUGUCACUUGCCUGUUCGCUCACUCCCUGCGCAAGUUUUCCAUGCGAGACUGGGGCAUCGAGCAGAAGUGGAUGUCCGUUCUCCUGCCUCUGCUGCUGCUUUACAACGACCCGUUCUUCCCCCUCUCCUUCCUGGUGAACAGCUGGUUCCCGGGGAUGCUGGACGACCUCUUCCAGUCUGUGUUCCUGUGCGCCCUGCUGCUCUUCUGGCUGUGUGUGUACCACGGGAUCAGGGUGCAGGGAGAAAGGAAGUGCUUGACUUUCUAUUUGCCUAAAUUCCUCAUCGUUGGACUGUUGUGGUUGGCCUCUGCUACCCUCGGAAUAUGGCAGACAGUUAAUGAAUUACAUGAUCCAAUGUACCAGUAUCGAGUUGACACAGGAAAUUUCCAGGGAAUGAAGGUUUUCUUCAUGGUGGUGGCCGCCGUGUACAUCUUAUACCUUUUGUUCUUGAUCGUGCGGGCCUGCUCUGAGCUGCGUCACAUGCCUUACGUGGAUCUCAGGUUGAAAUUUUUGACUGCAUUGACUUUUGUAGUGCUUGUCAUUAGCAUUGUCAUCCUUUAUUUAAGGUUCGGAGCACAAGUAUUACAAGACAAUUUUGUAGCUGAACUGUCAACUCACUACCAGAAUUCAGCUGAAUUCUUAUCUUUCUACGGCUUGUUGAACUUUUACCUCUACACUUUGGCCUUUGUGUAUUCGCCCUCGAAGAACGCCCUUUAUGAGUCCCAGCUGAAGGACAACCCCGCCUUCUCCAUGCUCAACGACUCGGACGACGAUGUCAUAUACGGGAGUGACUAUGAGGAAAUGCCCCUGCAGAACGGCCAGGCCAUCCGGGCCCAGUACAAGGAGGGGUCUGAGAGUGACUGAGCCCCCGGCCACGUGGCCUGCCAAGACCGCUUCCCGGCCUUCCUCUACCUGCCUGAAUGCUGACUUGUCUUACAAGCAGAGAUUUCCUGGUCCUUAUUUGUUUACAUACUUUUGAAAGGAAAACCAAAACUGAGGACAAAUUUAAACAUUGGGCCAAAUUUACAGUUAGAUUGAUUGCAUUUAUUUGGGAAGAGAGGCGCUGACCAAAAGUUUAAACAGCCAAGUCAUCUUUCAAAGAUUUCAGAUGAGAGACAGCUGUUUACAGUGGCGAAAAAAAUUACUGCUGUUUUUAAUAGAAUUAUGUACUUCAAAAAACAAUUUACUAAUUUCAAGUUCCUGGAAAGCCCUUAUAAAUAAGGUUCACAGCAUGGUGGCAUUCCUCUUCUCCCUUCCUUUCUUCCCUGCCUGGUGGUACCAAUUUAUGACCCUUUAAACUCAAAGGGAAGCCUUUUUCUGUGGCUGCCCCACGAGGGCAGUCCUUCCCCACUGAGUAGCCUGCGCUCCGGAUGACCGCGCAUCUCAAGCGAUGGGUAACUCAUGUUGGUUGCUGGGUGAAAUGUGUACGUAUGUAGUGGCUCUUUAGGGAAAGGGAGGGUGGGUGGGCAGGUUCUAGCCCUUCACCGCCACCAAAGCAGAGCUAGUGCCUUGGGUUCUGAGGAGGGUUCGAUAAGGCUCGGUAAGGAAAGGGGGUAUGACUGACAGGUUGUCAGCUCCUGUGGGAAGGCUCUUGCUGCCAGAGUUUUCUAAGGGCCUGUGUGCACACGUGGUCGUCAGGUAAACAGAUGGAUUGCUCUGUGUCAGAGCUGUCUGGAGCUGCUGAAUCUGGCAUCGUCAAAGGCCCUGGAGAUUUCCAGUUUUUGUCAAAGACUAAGUAUAGGAGGUAGAGCUAUCUCCUUUGCUUUCCCUUUGACAUGCCCACUAAUCUCUCUCUUGCACAGUUUACAUGUGAUCAUUGCAGACAUCCUGAUCGAUUGCCAUCUCGGCAAACUGAGUUACGGAACGUGAUUGUUCCACUCUGAAAACACCACCUCCACGUUCUUCAUCUAUGCAUUAACUCUCCAAUUACCAUUCAGAGCUAAAAGUUAUAUUCCACUUUAGGUAGUGCUGGGACCUUCGAGAGGUUCACGUGAGACUUCAUCAUGACUUCCUUUCUUUUUAAUUUAAACUUUAAUGAUAAUGUACCUUAAUAUGGAUUCCAUUUGUAUUUGUUUUUAAAACCUUGUAAAUAAGAAAGUUUGAAUUAAAACCGUUGUAUUAUUGCAAGGGUAAUUCAAGUUUACAUGGUUUUUACAUUUGCAAUGAUGUGAUUACUUUUUUUGAUUCUGUGUUCAGAGGUGUUGAAGAAAUUUUCUGUUACCAAAUUUUACAGCUUCUAUUAAGACUAAUUUUAUGUAAAUUGAUGAAAACUUACUUGUGCUGAUUAAUGUAUUCUAGUAUGAUAUAGUUUACAAGUUUUAAUCAUUAUAAAAUAAUUGUCCAUAAUUUGGAAUGCUGUUAUUUAUCAGUAAAUGUAAAGUAACUGAGGCAUUUAGCUGUAUACAUUAGACGCCUUUAAAACUUAUCCUCGUCCUGUAGUGUAAUCGUUAACUGAUGACUAUCUUCAUCUGUUGAUUAAUGGCAUCAAGCCAGUGAAAUGAAAAAUAUGGGCGUGUUUAUUUACUUUUUGUAACUAAGUUGGAAACAAGGAAAAGUUACAAAAGAAAGUUCUUAAAGGGGAAAUGGUUCCUGAUUAAAUCAUGCAUUUUCAAUUUCUCUGGUGUAUCAUAUAUGUCAAUAUAUUACAUCUUCCAUGUAAAAAUUUGCUUAAAGUAUAUAGCAUUUAGCAUGUAUUAUAUGUGCCAUAGGUGUUAGGUUAAAACACUAAAGUCUGCCAGAAACUUAGACAGUAGCAAGAAAAUUAUUAUUAUUUUUUGGUCUCAGAGGGUAUCAGAGUUUUGCAAACUUAAAUUAUAAAUUUAAAGGGCUGACUUUAGUUCUUCCGUGGUAACGGCUUGAAUAACAUCAUCUUUGGGAUAAUUUUUUGUACUGGUCCAGUCUAGGGGAACCUGGAAGAUGACCACAGGCAUUUCACAGUUUCCCUAGGGAGAGCUUCAUUAUCCAUGUGGAUAAAGGUCUGCUUGAUUUAUUAUUAAAUCAUUAAAGCAGUGCAGUGUUGCAGUUUUCUCUUAAGCCCCAUUAGAAAGGCUAAGGAAGGGGAUAUAUAAAAUAUAUUCAAGGUUUGUAAGAUUGUUCCGAUACAUAAUUACAGAUUGCAAUAAAAGUUUAGAUACAUUAUGUAAACCCAACCCACUAAAUGGUCAGAUUACAAGACAAACAUCACCAGCCUCAAGUAUUCCAUGAGCUAUUUACUGAAGGUACAGUUGCAUUCAAUAGGUUAUAAUGUGGUCAGUAACUUACUUCCUGGAAGCCUUUUCACAGGGUAAAACACAGAAGCUCAUAGAAGGGAUGAUUAAAAGGGACAUCUAGUGAAGACUAGAAUUAGAACACUUAGUAUAUUUAUGUAUUUUGAGGGUUUUAGAAACCAGUUGCCUUAGAGGUUAGACUUUUGAAAAACAAAGGUACAAAUCUCUUCCGCAGGCCAAAGGAAGUUGCUUUAGUCUGUGACAUUUUGUUACCCCGUUUACCUUCAUUUGACAUGUUUUAGGUAUACUGGUAACUAUCAUACCAGACUGAAACACAGAAGGAUUUUCUGCUACUGAAAACUGCCUUUUUACAAAAAGACUAUAAAUAUUUGUAAAAUAAAACAACUCUAAACUUUAAGCUCAAAAGAAAAGAUGAAGCUAUGUAUCAGAGUUUGGAACUGUGUCAGUGAGCAUAGUAGUACUUGAUCACAGAAUGAUCACUGUAAUCAGAAGUGAAUAAAUGUUUAUUUAUGGCAAAUUUACACUCUGGGAAUGGCUUCAUUAAAUGACUGCCUUUCUAUACUCUGGUUUCUCUUCAGAUCGUAUACAUCUCGCCUUUUACUAAAGAGACUACCUUUCUGGUAGAUGUUAAUAAAUUUUUAAUAUUUGAUCCUUAUUUAUAUACAUUGAUUUGUUUGCUCUUUGCACGUGGGGUUAACUUGAUCAUUCAUGCAUCGGUGCUUUAGGCACAGGAGCAGGGCUUUUUUCAUUUCAGCAGGUGGGUGCAGAGGUGUGUCUAUUGCCAUUUUAACGUGGCUCAUGCAUGAGCCCUGAAGGUGAGGUCACAAGACCUGGCUCGGGGGCCCACCCCCCUCCUUACUUGGAUAUGACUGUACAUCAGUCAGGUAAUCACCAUACACCUUUUGUGAUUCAUAAAUAAUGGCCUAAUGGUUGUAGACACAGAAUGAAUAAUUGUGAAAGCAUUGUGUAAGCUGUAAAAAUACUAAACCAUCUCGGUCAUAAUUGUUACUGCAAAAUAGAGAACGCAGGAGUAGAAGCCUGUAGUGUUGCAGAUUUGGGCCGAGAGUGUGAGCUGGAGCUUUCCAGCUAACGGAAUACAACCAGCUUGCCCACCUCCCAUCCCUUAAGCCCCAGAAGAGAAGACCUUGAGAGUGAAGGGUGUGAUGCCCAGGUGCAGAAAUCCAACCAGAACACAGCAAAGCAGUCAAGAUCCUGGUCCCACGGGUGAAUCAGCACAUCACUGUAUUCGAGAGGACCAAAGCUGAAUUGCAACUUUUUCUGUUUUUUUAGUUUUAUAGAUUCCAAAGCCACUAAUUAGGAAGAAUUCAUUUGUGAUACUAUUUAGACUAUGAAGACA